UUUCUUGUGAUCAAUGGACUAGAAUUUUGAUGCUGUUGUGGGGGAUAUAACAAUCCUUGCCAGCAGAUUUCCGUUUGUCGAUUUCACGCAGCCGUUCACUGAUUUAGGCAUCGGAGUUGUAGUGCCGAAAAUCAACAAGAACAACAUCUGGAUUUUGCUGAAGCCUCUUUCUGCAGAUUUGUAGAUAACAACUAAUGCUUUCUUUAUAUUCACUGGCAUUGCGGUUUGGCUUAUCGAACAUAGCAUCAAUGAUGAGUUCCAAGGCUCACCAUCUGAGCAAAUCUGAACCGUCUUUUGGUUCUCAUUCUCAACUCUAGUAUUUGCCCACCAGGAGAAGUUGAGCAACUUGUCAAAGUUUGUGGUGAUAGUAUGGGUGUUUGUUGUGCUUAUAAUAACCGCAAGCUACACUGCAACUUUGUCUUCCAUGUUAACAGUCCAGCAGAUUCAAUCGAGCUCAAGAGACGCUGGUGUAGGCACCAGUGCUGCUCUUUUGCUUUUAAGAGGUAUUAACAUAUCCACAUACGAAAAUCCCACGAUAAAGCCAUACCAUAAGCCAGAAGAAUACGCCGAUGCUUUAAGAAAGGGAAGUAAGAAUGGCCGAGUGUCGGCCAUUAUUGAUGAAAUACCAUACCUUAAAAUAUUCCUUGCCAAGUACCCUUCUGAUUACACCAUGAUAAAAUCCAAGGCAACUACAGGCGGUUUUGGCUUCGCUUUCCCUAAAGGUUCCCCACUUGUCCGAGAAUUGUCAAGUGCAAUUUUGAGGCUAAGGGAGGAAGGGAAGCUGAAGAUGAUGGAGAAUAAAUGGUUCAACAGUACUGAAUCAAUCUUCACAAACCAAGACUCGGCAAGCAAUGCCAGCAGGCUAACCGUUCAUAGCUUUGGGGGUUUGUUUCUUGUUACUGCCAUCUCUUCACUUCAGCUCUACUCGUAUGCCUCUGUCAGAAGCGAAAAUCCAUCUCAGUUCCUACCUCAACAGUGGCAUAAAUUCUGUAAAAGGCUUAGAUGA